AGGCACAGCGAAGGUAUUUUUAUCGACCACGGCCGCCCUAAAUUACCAGGCGCUAAAAGCAGCGCUAUCAAGCGAAUUCGACGUGGGAAUCACAAGGCAAGAAGUGUACAAAAUGCUGUCGCAGCGACGCUGGAAGAGGAAAGAGGAGAUGCUCCACUGCUACACGCUAACCAUGCAGGCCAUUGCGAAGCGCGCCAAUAUCGCCGAUACGGAGCUGAUAGACUUCAUAAUAGACGGCAUCGGGAACACUACCCCGCAUGCCCACAUCCUGAUGACGGCACGAAGCGUAGAGAAAUUAAAAACCCUUAUAAACCGGUACCAACACAAAUAUUCCGUGACCGGGGCGGUGCAGCCAUCUAACCAGCGGCAGACAACGGCGCCGAAACAAACGGACGAUUUGAAGCUGAUGUGAUUCAACUGCUCCCGGAACGGGCACAUAAAACCAAACUGCCCAUUCCCACUAAGACCGGAUGGUUCCUGCUUCAGGUCAUGUCCAAAUCCAGCAAAGCUUCUGAAGAGACGCGAAGUAGCCACUGUUGCCGAGGAUGAAGAUGACCAACCAGGUGCAAUUGGCGCUUUUAACUCUUCCGAUUAGUUUUGUAAAGGCAUCACUGGUCCCAAAACAACUAGGGACAAAACAUAUGGUUGAUAGAGGCCCCAGUUAUAAAGGCAUCGGUGGAAGCAAAAUUAAAAUACUUUAUAAAAUGAAAUGUACUAUUGAAUUCUUGAACAAAAAAACGAAAUUGAAUUAAAUGUUAUUAAAGACAAAAGCAUAAAUUUGCCAGUUAUUUUGGGACGUGAUUUCCCCAAUAAGUUUAACAUUUGUCUGACUAGCGCAACAGAUAGGCCCACUAAGGAAAAAUUGCUCGAAAUAAUAAAUGUUACCGACCAUAGUUUGUAUAAGUCUGAGAAGUUUGUAACUGAUCCCAACGCACACUCGGCCGUCAUGAAAUUAGACGAAUUAAAAUACGCUAAAGAUCAAGACGUAACGGUACGCGACGUUACCAUUGAUUGCCAUAAUAAGCCUGACGACGUACCUGCCGUCGUUGACGUGCCUGUCGCAGCUGAUGUACCUGCUGCCACUGACAUACCUACUGCCGUUGACGUAGCUGCCGCCGCUGACGUACCUGAGAUAUUUUGCAUUGACGUUCCCCACGGUGGAAACGACAUAGACUUAGGCACUAGACUGACCGGUAAUCAAAGAAAUGACUUGGAACGACUUAUCGUUAACACAUAUCUUAAACCGGAAGUGACACCCGAACCAUUUAAAUACGAAAUGAAGAUACACUUGACGACUGGCGUACCUUUCCAUUGCGCGCCCCGACGACUUUCGUACGCUGAGAGAAACCAAGUACAAACCCUAGCGAUUCACCUUAUGCGUCAGCCAUAGUGCUGGUUAAGAAGAACGGAAAGGUCCGAAUGUGUGUAGAUUA